AUGAGUAUAAUACUACAGCAUUUCCAUUUUCAUUAUGCAUUCUUCUUCCUCCUACUACUCCUGCAACUUCCAAAUUUUGGUUCUUCCUUCACCAAUAUCACCACCGACCAGUCUGCCCUUCUUGCCAUCAAAUCCCAUAUUCUAGACCCUAACAAAAUCUUGCAAUCCAACUGGUCCACCGCCACUCCCGUUUGUGACUGGAUCGGAGUUUUCUGUAACACUCAUCGCCGUCACAAAAGAGUCACCGCCCUUGACCUCUCCUUCAAAGGCCUUGCCGGCUCCCUGCCCUCCCAAAUAGGGAACCUCUCCUUCCUAGUUAAACUCGACCUCCGAAACAAUAGCUUCUCCGGUCAUCUACCGGAGGGGCUGUCUAAACUGCGACGCCUGAAAGUCCUAAAUUCCGGCAACAACAACUUCGUCGGCAACAUUCCGGCGUGGUUGGGAUCUCUGAAGAAGCUCAAAUUCCUGGGCCUCUAUGGCUGCAGAUUCUCAGGUGCCCUUCCUGUUUCAUUAUCAAACUUAACUGAGCUACAGUACUUUUUUCUACAUGAAAGUGGCGCUAUUGCCGGAAACAUUCCAAAUGAGUACAGCAGUCUACGCAAGAUGAAGUAUUUCAUCCUGCGCUCUAAUGGACUCGCUGCCUCUUUCCCACCCUGCGUUCUUAACUUCUCAAUGCUGCAAUUUUUGGAUUUGAGUAACAACUCCAUAUCUGGACACGUUCCACUGGAUAUCUGCUCUCAUCUACCUUCAAUUUCUGGGAUUUAUCUAUCCCACAAUCAGUUGAAGGGGAAAAUAGUUCCUUCAAAUAUCAGUGGAUGUUCAUUGCUCUCAGAACUUUCCUUGUCAUUCAAUAAGCUGGAGGGUCCAAUUCCCAGAAAAUUUGGCAACUCAACCUCCCUUCGAAACUUAGAUCUGGAUUUCAACAAUUUGAUGGGUACGAAGGAAGUUUAUACUGAUUUCACGUUAUUGCAUUAUAUUCAGAGUUGGAAGUGA